CCAGUCCAAUAAGCCAUAUAAAGGCGGAUAAAAGGGGAAGCAUAACGCAGGCCAAGAAAAUAAAUUACAAAAGAUAGCUUCGGAGAACUCUGUUGGAGAGUCCAAGACUAUAAAAGCUCUGCCCUGCCAAAAACGGAAGUUAGUGAGCGGAAGAAGAACAUGGGUGCCCAUCCACGGAACUUGAAGCUGCUGUUUCUUUGGACAUGUCUUACUACCGAGCUUUUACUUACGCCGGGUGCGACUGGAGUCGUGCAAGUAGGUAACCCAAUUCCUGGUGAGCUGCUGCAACGCAGCAAGCGGACCAUGACAACGAUCUGCGUGGAGAUUAGACCUAGUAGCCCGCAGGAUGAGCCGUAUUAUAUGUGCCGUGGUGCCAACUUUGGUGGCGAGAAUGGACAACAAAGCUGCGUGGAGGUCAGGAAUCAAGGCGGUCAGGGAGAGCCGUUCUAUAUGUGCCGGGAAGCGGGAUCCAAAGAACCCGAUGUUGAGAACCGCCCCACCCCUAAGCUUUCGCCCCCCAUAAGCCCCCAAUACGCCGCACAGCAUGAUUCCGUUCACAACUUUCCGUUGUAUCCCGCCUUUGAAGGCGGGUCAUUUCCACAGCAGGCAUUCCCAGAAGAUCCCAUUAACCACGCCCAUCCAGCGGGUCCGCCGUCGUAUCAGGAGAAGCCCCACCGUCAGCCUCUUCCUCAGCAGCACCAACCCCACUCCCAGUACGGAUACUACGGAAGCCCCAUGGCUGCCCCUUCACCUGCACCUCCAGCGCAGUCGUAUGGCCUGCCAGAACUUCCUCAGCCAACUGAGGACAGCCCGCCUGCAGCUCCACCAGGAUUUUCAGCUGGCCCGGGCCCAACGUCCACGCCCCCUUCGCAUGAUCCUGCAGCACCUGCGAGGUCGUCGAACCGCCCCAACGAAAAUGUAUUAGUUGGGAGCAGUCGGCAUCCAUUAGGUUUUGAAGACGAUGUGCUGGCCGUGCCGAAUUUGGGAUUUAAGAGAGCCGAACUCGACCUACAAUACCGCCGACCAGUGAAUCCGCCCCGUCCUCAGGAUCAGUUGAUGUGGGUGCCGCUAUCACAUAAGCAGGAGCCCGAAAAUGAUCCGGUUAUGAAAGCCUUCUACAGCAGUGUUUCGGAAUAUCCAACGCAAGAAGCCAUGGCACAUGGCAAACAGGCUACUGUUCCAAUAGAAUCGAUGGGUCAAUUGGCGCCUGGCUACAGCCCUUUCGAUAGCCAAUACCCAGGGUCACCUGCUCCACCAACGCAGCCGCCGCCUCCAACUCAGUCUGAAACUGAGGUGUCAGCUUCGCCCAAUCCAUACUGCAAUGCUCCAGCAACCUCUUUUCAAUGCCCUACGCAACCGGAUAACGGGGUGAGCUUCAGUACCUCCUGCCCAAGUUUCCAGCCAGUUAUUAUAUCCAUGCCUUGCUACGGGCAACGGCAGCCGACGCCCUACUUCGCUCUGCCGAGAACGCCACAAGGAAUGGUGAGAACUGGUCCCUUCGGAGGUGGCUUUGGGAUGGGUAGCCAGUUGGGAAGUCCCUUUGCCAUGACUCCUCAGAUAGGAGCCCAUGGAUACGACUUGGAACACCAGGUGGGUGGCCCCUUCGGCAUGGGAAUGCAGUUCGGCAUGGGUCUGAACCCAUUUGGGCCAUUUGGCGCCCUGAACCCUUUCAAUCCCUUUAACAGAAUCCUCGGAGCGCCGGCUCCAAAUGUUCCGGCGCCCAACAUCUUUCAACGGGUUUUCAAAACCAUUUCGACCACAGAAACAGCACCGUACACUGAAGCCCACACCGAAAGAUCAGGAAAACUAAACUUUUCCAGUAGCACACUGGCGUCUUCCAUCGCAGGACAGUCGGAUCCCAUUGUGAGCAAUGCCCAGGAGAGUUCCGAGGAUGAAGACUCUGCUGAAGAUAUUGACAGGGACGACCAGGCGCUAACCACACCCCUCCCAGCCUCGGAAGCGGAAGAUUCCGCUGACGCACAAGAGAUUUCGGUCAUCGUUAGCAAGGCGGCCGAACUACUCAAGCCCGACAAACGCAAGCGGCAUAAUCCGCGCUCCAGCGGACGCAUCCCCCAAAAGCACAGAUACCUGCAGCAAUUGUAG